AUGACAGACGUUGAUGCCUAUCGGGAUGCGGAAUACAUCGCUGACGUGUCCGGCAUAUCCUAUGACGAUGCGGAGCCCCCAAGGCCAAGAGGCACGCUCAGCAGCCAAAACGCGCGUGUGAAGAAAGUCAAGUCGACCGCCAAAGUCGCCUUCAUUGAUCGAUUGCUGCGCGAUCUCGACAUAUUAGUUUAUUGUCAAUUAUCCGCACUGUAUUACAUGGAUUGCUCGAUUGUCCUAUUUGCCUUGCGUGCUAUUGUCGAAUUAAUCUUCUUCACGCCAAAAGCACCCCCCUUCGAGCCCACACGCAAUCAGCCGUUUGUCGGGGCCAUCAUCGGCAGCAACCUCAUCUGCAUGCUCUUCCAUGCCUUCCUGAUUCGCCCCGAAGCCGGCGAGGAAACACGCGGCUACCUACAUGGGGGGCUGUUCAUCGAUUUCAUAGGGCAGGCCCCCGUCUCUGUUUACCAGCUUCUAUCGUUCGACGUUUUAAUCCUUCUAAUCGAUCUUAUCAUGCUGGGCUUGAUUAUCGAGCGGGUGAAGACCAACGGAACCCCUUCCUUAGCGCCUACAACACCGAAUACAGAUACAGCCGCAAAUACAACCACAGAUACAAACCCAGACGUGGAGGAGUCCCAGCCACAUGACCAUGACGCCGAAGAGCGUGGCAUUCUACGAGAAGAGGAUGGGGUUGAAACGGUGUCCCCCGCUCAUUAUGGUUCCGAUUCACCACACAGUAGCGGGAUCGACGAAGAGGUUGAAGAAGAGCGCACAACACUCCUGGCCGACCCGGCCGACGCAGAAUCUGGCAGUGGUGCUCGGGGCGAGCACCCGAUGGAUACAUUCGCGGCUGGCGUGGCUGUCAUUGUCAAUGUGAGCUUCCUAGGUACCAUUCGUGAUCAGUGGCGCCAUUCGAAUGCGCAGGCACGGCCGAGGUCGGGCUUUGUACCGUCUCCUGAAACGGCAACGUUCCUUCGGCAGCGCUUCGGUCUCCAGGUUGGGACUAAUGGUCGCAUUGAGCGCGCAAAUGCAACAUGA